UGGAAGUGUACUUCGUGCAAUGAAAUGAAUCCUCCCCGGCCAUCACAUUGCAACAGAUGUUGGGCCCUUCGUGAGAAUUGGCUUCCUGAAGACAAAGGGAAAGAAAAAGGAAGCAUGCCUGAGAAAACCAAACUAGAAAACCCAACACAAGUAGAAGAGGGCUUUGAUGUCCCUGAUUGUAAAAAAAGUACAGUGAGUGAUUCCCAAGAAUCAUGUGUUGAGGAAAAUGAUGAAAAGAUCACACAAGCCUCCUUAUCCCAAGAAAGUGAGGACUAUUCUCAGCCAUCGACUUCUGGUAGCAUCAUUUAUAGCAGCCAAGAAGAUGUCAGAGAGUAUGAGAGGGAAGAAACACAAGACAAAGAAUGUGUGGAUUCUAAUUUUCCCAAUAAUGCCAUCGAACCUUGUGUGAUUUGCCAAGGCCGACCUAAAAAUGGUUGCAUUGUCCAUGGCAAAACAGGACAUCUUAUGGCAUGCUUUACAUGUGCAAAAAAGCUAAAAAAAAGAAAUAAGCCCUGUCCAGUGUGUAGACAACCAAUUCAAAUGAUUGUG